AUGACAGACCCUGCCAUGAAGAGGGUGGUCAGUGAGAUCGUCCGCUCUCCAGAGGACAAACGGGUCUACAGGGGUCUAGAGUUCACCAAUGGCCUGAAGGCCGUGCUCAUCAGUGACCCCACCACAGACAAGUCCUCAGCAGGGCUGGACGUCAACAUAGGUUCUUUGUCGGACCCAGGGAACAUAUCAGGCAUUGCCCACUUCUGCGAACACAUGCUGUUCUUGGGCACAGAGAAGUACCCCAAGGAGAAUGAGUACAGCCAGUUUCUCAGUGAGCAUGCUGGCAGCUCCAAUGCCUUCACCAGCGGAGAGCACACCAACUACUACUUUGACGUAUCCCACGAGCACCUGGAGGGAGCACUGGACAGGUUUGCUCAGUUCUUCCUGUGCCCGUUGUUUGACGAGAGCUGUAAGGACCGUGAGGUGAACGCUGUGGACUCCGAGCAUGAGAAGAACCUGAUGAAUGAUGCCUGGAGACUGUUCCAGCUGGAGAAGGCCACUGGCAACCCCAACCACCCGUUCAGCAAAUUUGGGACCGGUAACAAGUUGACUCUGGAGACCAGGCCAUCCAAGGAUGGGAUCAACAUUCGCCAGGAGCUCCUGAAGUUCCAUUCCACCUACUACUCCUCCAACCUCAUGGGACUGUGUGUGCUGGGAAGAGAGUCAUUAGAUGAGCUCACCACCAUGGUGGUCAAGCUGUUUGGCGAAGUGGAGAACAAGAAUGUGCCUAUCCCCGAGUUCCCCAACCACCCCUUCCAGGAGGAGCACCUCAGGCAAUUCUACAAAGUGGUGCCUAUCAAGGACAUUAGGAACCUGUAUGUGACGUUCCCUAUCCCAGACCUGCAGAAGUACUACAAGUCCAACCCAGGCCACUACCUGGGCCACCUGAUAGGCCACGAGGGCCCAGGGAGCCUGCUGUCUGAGCUCAAAUCCAAAGGCUGGGUAAACACGCUGGUCGGAGGCCAGAAAGAGGGAGCUAAAGGCUUCAUGUUCUUCAUCAUCAAUGUGGACCUGACAGAGGAGGGACUCUUGCACGUGGAUGACAUCAUCUUCCACAUGUUCCAGUACAUCCAGAAGCUGCGCAUGAAGGGGCCUCAGGAGUGGGUCUUCAUGGAGUGCAAGGACCUAAACACAGUGGCCUUCAGGUUCAAGGACAAGGAGCGGCCCCGUGGCUACACCUCCAAAGUGUCUGGAUUACUGCACUACUACCCUCUGGAGGAGAUCCUAGCAGCAGAGUACCUACUGGAGGACUUCAGGCCAGACCUGAUAGAGAUGGUGCUGGACAAGCUGAGGCCAGAAUACGUCAGAGUCGCAGUUGUCUCAAAGUCGUUUGAAGGGCAGACCGACAAGACUGAGGAAUGGUAUGGGACCCACUACAAACAGGAGCCCAUCUCUGAGCAAGUCAUCAAGAAAUGGGGAAACGCUGACCUCAAUGGCAAGUUCAAGCUGCCCAUGAAGAACGAGUUCAUUCCCACCAGCUUUGAGAUCUACCCUCUGGAGAAGGACUCUCCCUCCGCCCCCACUCUAAUCAAGGACACCGCUAUGAGCAAGGUGUGGUUCAAGCAGGAUGACAAGUUUUUCCUACCAAAGGCAUGCCUGAACUUUGAGUUCUUCAGCCCGUUUGCUUAUGUGGACCCAAUACAUUGUAACAUGGCCUAUUUGUACCUGGAGCUCCUCAAGGACUCCCUCAACGAGUAUGCAUAUGCAGCCGAGCUCGCCGGCUUGAGCUAUGACCUCCAAAAUACCAUCUAUGGGAUGUAUCUCUCAGUGAAGGGCUACAAUGACAAGCAGCACAUCCUGCUGAAGAAGAUCAUUGAAAAGAUGGCCGCGUUUGAGAUUGAUGAGAAACGCUUUGACAUCAUCAAGGAAGCGUAUAUGAGGUCACUGAACAACUUCAGGGCGGAGCAACCCCAUCAGCAUGCCAUGUACUACCUACGUCUGCUGAUGACAGAGGUGGCCUGGACCAAAGACGAGCUCAAGGAGGCUCUGGACGAUGUCACUCUCCCCCGCCUCAAGGCCUUCAUACCUCAACUAUUGUCACGGUUACACAUCGAGACCCUUCUCCAUGGCAACAUCACCAAGGAGUCUGCUCUAGACAUGAUGCAGAUGGUCGAGGACACACUUAUGAAUCAAGCCCACACCAAGCCCCUCCUACCAAGCCAGUUGAUUCGCUACAGGGAGGUGCAGGUGCCAGAUGGUGGCUGGUAUGUGUACCAGCAGAGGAAUGAGGUGCACAACAACUGUGGCAUAGAGAUCUACUACCAGACAGACAUGCAGACAACCCACGACAACAUGCUGCUGGAGCUCUUCUGCCAGAUCAUCUCUGAGCCUUGCUUCAACACACUGCGCACCAAGGAACAGUUGGGGUACAUAGUGUUUAGCGGUCCGCGGCGCGCUAACGGGGUCCAGGGCCUGCGCUUCAUCAUCCAGUCGGAGAAGGCCCCCCACUACCUGGAGAGCCGGGUGGAGGCGUUCCUAAAAGCCAUGGAGAUGUCUGUGGAGGAAAUGAACGACGAGGCCUUCCAGAAACACAUCCAGGCCCUGGCCAUCCGCCGCCUGGACAAGCCCAAGAAGCUGGCUGCCGAGUGCGCCAAGUACUGGGGGGAGAUCAUCUCUCAGCAGUACAACUUCGACAGAGAUAACAUUGAAGUGGCCUAUCUGAAGACGUUGACGAAAGAAAACGUCAUGCAGUUCUACCGGGAUCUGUUGGCUGUGGAUGCACCCAAGAGGCACAAGGUGUCUGUGCAUGUCCUGUCUAGGGAGAUGGACUCCUGCCCAGUCGUGGGAGAGUUCCCUGCCCAGAAUGACGUCAACCUGGUCCCUGCCCCCUCCUUGCCACAGCCUACGUUGGUGCAGGACAUGACCGAGUUCAAGAGGAGCCUUCCCCUCUUUCCCCUGGCCAAGCCCCACAUCAACUUCAUGGCUGCCAAACUGUGAGGACCGGGCAGUCCUGCCCCCAGAGCAGCAUGGGAGCACUGUGGUGGGGGGUGCCCUGCUCUGUCCCUCUGUCCCUCUACCCCCCCCCCCCCCCCGAGGCGACAGGAGAACACACUCAUCUGACUAAGCCUGCAUGUGUGUAUGUUUGUGUAUCUGUGUGUGUGGUAGUAGAGGUACUUGGAAAUGUGUUUGAUUCCCACAACUUGGCUGUGGAUCUCAUCAUAGCUCUGUGUAAAAGUGGAGGUCGCACAGUUUUAGUCUCAUGGAAAACCCCACCAACACGCAUUCCCAACAAUGUAUAGAAUGUUGAAGCAGGGCUCCUAUUAUAGAGGAAUAGUAAUAAAUUAAAGAACCACAAGGCCGGGAACCCUGUAAACCAGUACAAGUACCCCUUGACACGUUAUAAUUGUUUUUAGUUGAUUUAGCCACAAGGACAUGCUGCUGUGGUGAGAGUAAACUGUUGGUUAAUGAUUAUGUGAAGCUUUUGAGGUUAGCUCUGCAAAGGGUGCACAUAAUAUCCUUUUAUACACGCCAGACACGUACUUCUUUCUCUCUUAUGUACUUGUGUGACUCAUCAAGGCACAGUGACAACUCCCUGAAUUGUUAUCACGAAGACUGUGUUUAAGUAAGAUGAAUGUGCAACACACUAUUUUGGACACCAUUUCAGUUGAUCAGCCUUAUGGAAACGAUUCUGUUUUAAUCCAUGAUGUACAGGUUUUGAGAUCUGACUCUAUUUAUUUUUUAAACUGGUAAAAUGUCAGGGCCCAUUUGGUGGAGAGGUGUCCAUGAAGCUUUUCUUUUGAACUAGUGUUCUGUAGGGUUGUAUUAUCCAAGCGUCAUCUCAGGGUCCCUCUAAUAUUUUGCUUUUUGCUUUUAUUUGAGAUUGAAGAAAAAUAAACAUAUUUAAAUGUCUGUCA